ACAGCGAGAACACAUAUUUUGGCAAUUGUCAAAUUACACGAUUCGAUUUUAGUAAAAUUGAGCAAAAGUUCGUUCCCACAUUUUUAUCCGUUUGGCGACGGCAGCUAAUUUUUAAUAUUUAUUCAACCCUCAAAAUGUGUUAAUUGUGCUCGUGUUGUGUGUUUUCUAAUAGUAUUCGAUUACCAUUGUUUAGUUUGGAGGCGUCGCGAUUAUGUGUUAAUUUUACGCACAAAAUGAUAUGGACUGUGGAUAUUUCACUGAUAUUACGAUGAAGGGUGGUUUGUGUAUUAUCUACACGUCUUUACUGACUAUUUCAGUGCUUUCCAGUUGUGCUCUCUUCAUUUUGGUGGUUUCGGAAGCUCUCCACGGCGAGGAGGGAGUCAAUACGAAUGUUGACUUGUCGGGACUGCAUAAUGUCAGUCAGAAAGUGGCAGUUGGUGAGCAAGAUGUCCCAGGACCCCAGGACUCCCCUGAAACGCAGUUGGCUGAAAACCAGAAGACGAACGAAGACCAUGAGAUGAUAUUCGCGGAGACUUUGUCAUUGAACUCUGUGACAACAGACGGGUUACCUGACACCGGACAGCCUCCAGUGCUCAUAUCGCUAGCAGACAACGCCAAAUUGGAAUUGAGGCAUCCAGACGAACUAUUGUUCGUCAACGAUUCGGAAGAACACAACGACACUAAGAUAUUCUCCAUCAUUGACGGCGACAACGUUGAAGAUGUCGCAGAUAAACCAUCGGAAGACGUGGAGAACGAAAGCACAGAACCACGCCUCGUCGUCAAAGCUAAGCCCAUGCACGAAACCAGACAGGUAGAGGAAGCAUUUCAAGCGCCCACAGUGGAUGUCGAUGCCACCACAGAAUCUCAGACCGAAGAACCGAAAGAACAAGAAACAGAAAACAUUCCAGUCAAACCAGAAACGCCCCAGGAGGACAUACCCUCCUUCUCGGAGUGGGCACAGAAACAGCUGGCCGAAGCCGAGAAAAAAGACACAGUACUAAACCACUCGAGUCAACCUAGUCAUAGUAAUACGAAUUUUAGUAGUAAAAGCACUAAAUUACGGUCGAAGAACUACGCUUCGCUCGCGUGCGGCGCCAAGGUGGUCGCCGUGAACCCCGAGGCGGGCUCGGCCAGCUCGAUCCUGUCGCCCAACAGGGACGAGUACAUGCUGAACACGUGCAACAGCCGCAUCUGGUUCGUGGUGGAGCUCUGCGAGGCUGUGCAGGCCCAGAAGAUAGAGAUAGCCAACUUCGAGUUGUUCUCCUCCACACCCAAAGAUAUCGCUGUAUACUUCAGCGACCGGUUCCCGACGCGGGACUGGGCCAGCGUCGGCCAGUUUGCGGCGCAGGACAUGAGAGACGUGCAGAGUUUUGAUUUGUUCCCGCAUUUAUUUGGAAAAUUUAUCAAAGUUGAGAUGCUGUCACAUCACGGAUCGGAGCACUACUGCCCGAUAUCCCUAUUCAAAGUGUACGGCACGUCAGAGUUUGAAGUUCUAGAAAAGGAGAACUCGCAGCAUCCCGCUCAUAUUGACGAGGAUGAGGAUGAUGAAAUAAUAGACGUACCAGACAUCCCCGCUGCCGAGACUGAGCCCUCGAAAAACCUUUUCGGUUCCGCGAGAGACGCAGUCAUGUCUAUCAUGAAGAAGGCGGCACAAGCGCUGGUGAAAACUGAAGUUCCUAAAAACGUAUCAUCUGAACACAACGAUACGUCUACAGACAAAACGUACAAACGGUGUUGUUCGCCCAGCCAUAUAAUCGUGUGUGAUAAUUGCAGUGAGACGCUUUACAAUGAAGUGUACGAACUAAUUAGCUGUAGCUCGGACAAGUUAGUGAGUUUAGUGCGCCAAGUGUUCCUCCGCGAGACUUUGAAGUGUACUGGCAUCUGCCAACAGUACGGACUUGAUUUUAAAAGUACAAAGACAAUAGAGUUUAGUGAUGAACGUGUCGCUUAUAUGAAUGCUUUGUUCCCUCGGAAAUAUUUAGCCGCCCUCUGUAAUAUCUUAGCUAUUAAAGAAAAAAAAGUUGUUUUAAAUACGAGUUUUGAAACAGAAAUGAAUGUUACCAUGAAUGUAACCGUGGAUGAGUCGCCGCAAACUGUAAAUAGUGAGACGAGUUCAGAACAGGAGAUAAAGUUAGUUCCAGACAAGAACACAGCUUCCGAAGAUGAUAAAGCGAAUGAAACAACGCAAUCGGAAGAGAAAAUACCAGCGGAAUCUGUGACCGAAGGGACUGCUGUCCCUGUUGAGUUGCCUAAAGAGCAAAAUGAGUCCGUUGAUGAAAAGGUCGAGGAAUCUCCGUCGAUUGAAGAGAAACCUGUACAAGAAACGUUAGAAGUUACGACAGAAGUUGAAAAAGUAACAGAAACAGUAACUGAUGAAAACAAAGAAAACGUUCAAAAGACUGAAAUAAAAAAUGGUAAAAUUGAAGUAACGACGGAGAAACCAAAAGACAGCGCCGGUGCAGAGGAAGUUAGUGACUCGAUCAUUAUAGACAAUGAUAACUUUAUAUCGGAUUUCGACCAGAUGGCGGUGGACCCCACCCCUGCAGGGGCACCCACGUUACCGAACCAAAAUCAAGGUCAGGCGACGCUGCAGAAGGAGUCUGUGUUUUUGAGGCUAUCUAAUAGAGUUAAGACGCUGGAGCGCAACAUGUCUCUUUCGGGACAAUAUCUGGAGGAGCUGAGCAGGCGUUACAAGAAACAGGUAGAAGAAAUGCAAAAGACUUUCGAAAAAACAGUGCAGCAGAUGACUGAGGAGCGACGGAAGAGCAACGAGCGGGAACAGAAGUACCUCGAGCAGAUGACGAGCCUGCAGGAGCAGCUGGCGCGCGUGGCCGCCGCCAUGCACGUGCUGAUGGACGAGCGCGACAGCUGGUUCGGGAACCUCAACUUCUUCAAGUUCAUCGUGUUCCAGGCCAUCAUUUUCGCCAUAGCCUUCUACUUCUUCUCUAGAAGACGGAAACCUGAACCUUUAAUUGUACCAGUCAUUAAAAAAGCCAAAAAGAAGCAAGAUAAAAUUAGAAGAAAAUCCGUCGAAGGCGUCAGCGGACAUGAAACUCCUUCUGCUAAAAAGCGGCGCCCCAGCGAGGAGGCGUUGCAGAUAGCUCGACAAUCGACCGAGGAGAUGAGUCGAGACGAAGAUGAAGAGGGUGAGUGGCAGGUCGCUCGCAAAAACAGAAGAAGGAAGACCUCCAUAAUACACAGAGCUGGGGAGACCGAACCCAAAGAGUGGGCGCGACAAGACAGCAUCGGGAAGUUGCAGGAUAACCCCAUUCCUCUAGACGAGGAGGAAUACUUCGCGCCGGUGACCGAGCCGAAGGAGUUCAUAGAGAGCGAGUCUUCCAGCCCGCCGAAGCGGGACUUCCCAAAAACAAACGGGUCGUUCUUCAACAACCUGAAGACGAAGACCAUGAAGACGCGGCGGCUGUCGUCGCCGGCGUUCCUGCGCACGCUGUCGCGGCAGAGCAGCCGCAGCGCGCCCAGCGGAGCCAGCGCGGCCAGCGCGGGCAGCGCGGGCAGUGCGGCCGCGGGCGGCGCGGCGGGCGGCGGCGCGGGCCCGCGCGCUCCCGACGCGCUGUACAACGGCGGGCUGGGCAGCAAGGCGGCCUCCGAGUCGCCCACCGCCAGCAUGUGGUCCGACUCCACCGAGAUCUCGCAGAACGGCCAGCAGGACCACGACAACACUGCUAGCAAGAAGAAGAAAAGUCUGAAGAACAUAUUGAAGAAGGUGUUUUGAGGGACAUAUUUGUAAUUUAACAGUGUCGUGUAUUCCGCUUAAAGUAUUAAGCGUGUCGCUAUUGUAAUUUAUUUCAUUGCGAAUAUUAAUGUUUAAAUUAUUGUAUAUUUGUUGUUAGUAGACCUCAUAGGUGCCAAUUGUGAUAAAUUAGGGAGCCUAAUUGUUAGCGUGUUAAAUUUUAAUUUUAUGCGAUAAUGUUUGCUUGUGGAUGUAAUGUUGAAUGGCGACAAUAAUGUGAAAUUGGAAAGACGAGUGCUAGUCUCGAGUGGGGAGCGAUCGGUAAACAAAGAAACGGCAUUAAAUGCAUUAAUUUUA